AUGUCGUCCAACGAUUAUAUUGACAACGAAGCUGAAGAAUCAGAGGAAGAAUAUGCUGGAUCCAACCAAGACGAAGACGACGAUGAUGAUGGCGCCGAGGAUGAUAAAUUAAGCGGUUUUGUCACUGAUAAAGAUGAAACCAGCCAUGAUGACAGCGAAUCAGACAGUGGGACCACGGGCAAGAAACGAUACCACGAUGAGGAUGAUAUUGAUGAUGAUUUGGAUGAAGACGAUUUUGAUCUCAUCAACGAAAAUACUGGCAUUGAUUUACAAAGGAAUAAACGAUUUCGACGGGUACGAACAUUGGAGUCGGCUUUCGAUGAAGAGCCUGAAGACGAUAUUAUGGCGUUGCCGCCAGAAGCUGAUCCUGUCGUAGCGAAGAAACCUAGCACAUCUGAAAAGCCAUCAGCACCGCACGAUGAUAUCUUUGCGGAAAUGUCUUCAGACGAAGAUGAUGAUUUUAUCGUCGACGAAGAAGGCAGACCGAUACAUGAAGAAGAUGAUGAAGCCGAUGAGGCGAUGCAUGAUGCCAAUGAUAUAUUUCGCAUAGAUUUUGAUUAUCUUGAUGAAGGCGCAGAUGAAGUUGAAGAAUAUGAAGAAGAUGAUUAUCUUGAUGAAGAUAUAGAUUCACAGGAUGAAAGUGAACCACGUCGGCGAUCAAGGAAGAAAGUCUCAAAAAAAGGUCGCUCAUUAUUUGAAAUUUAUGAACCAACUGAUUUGGAAAAACGUUAUUUAUCUAAGCGAGAUGAAAAGAUUCGGAUUACAGACAUGCCUGAAAGACAUCAGUUGCGCAAAAUUGCUGUUACUAAAGCCGAUGACACUGAAUUGGAUAACGAAUCUCAAUGGAUUUAUUCUCAGGCUUUUAUGAAUCCUUCAAUAUCAAAUCAGGGUAUCAACUACGGAUCAGGAAGUCAAUUAAUGAUCACUGUACGAGAAAUCUUGGCGCUAAUUCGCAAUGAAGGCCUUGAGAUACCAUUUAUAGCGCACUACCGUAAAGAAAUAUAUCGGCAUUCCCUACAAGUUGAUGAUUUAUGGCGUAUUUACAAUUGGGAUAUAAAGUGGAUGUAUUUUAGUCGUAGAAAACAAAACAUGGCAAAGUUAUUCGCCAAAGUACAACAAUAUCAAUAUGAUAAAGCUAAAAAUACCCACGAUUUUUCCACAUUUAAUGCGAAAAUUAUCGAUGCUGAAGAUACCGCUAGACUUGAGGAAUGCAACACUUAUGAAGAACUACAAGACGUCUACACUCACUUUUUGUUAUAUCACCAUAAAGAACUGGAAGACCUUCGUAAUGACGCCUCAAAGAAAACAACAAAUAGUGAUGAUAAAAACCAAAGCGAUAAUAAUGAAAAGCGUAGCGGAGAGAGUAUACGGAGGCUGAGAAGGCGCAACUUCUAUACGCGAUGUGAAGAUAAUAAAAUUAGUCAUUUAGCAUUAAAAUUUGGUUUAUCUCCAGAAAGAUUUGGCAAAAAUGUGAUCGAAUCAUAUCAAAUAAAUGAACCCACUCAGUAUGAGAUUGAUCCAAACACCACUGCUCGAGACUAUAUCACAAAAGCUUUUCCUACUGUUGAAGCCGUUUUAGAUGCGGCAGUCUACACAGUAGCCGUACAACUUUCUAGAGAUCCCUUAGUACGUAGAGCGGUUCGGUUAGCCUUUUAUGAAAGAGCUAAGAUCUCUUGUCGUCCAACUAAAAGGGGUAAAAAGGCUGAAAAGGAAGGAUUCAUAACUCAUACAUUUUCAGUUGAACCUUCAGCUAGUUCUUGGGGCUCAUACGCUGAUGAGCUAAAGCAGUAUUAUUUUGUCGAUGGUUUUAGCGAUUUGAUCAAAGAAUGGAACGAGCUCCGUGGGCGUGCCGUACAGAAAGCCGUCGAAGACGUUCUAUUCGAAGAAUUUCGAAAGGAAUUACAAGAGAAGUUACUACGGGAGUCUUACGAAUAUGUCAUCAAGGAAUGUUGUUGUAAUGUCAGAAAACGAAUCAAUGUCGCUUCUUUUAAAAUUGGCUCUGAAAAUGAUGAAGAUGAUGAAAUGGAACCUUAUCAACGGAUUAUGAGUUUCGCAUUUGUUUCAGACCGAGAUAUCGCAUCUUAUGCAUGUGUCAUUGACGGCCAUGGAGAAAUUAAAGAAAUCAAAUUAAUUAAAGGCUUAAUCGUUAGCAAGCAACCAGUAGCGAUAGCAAUAUCAGCUUCAUGCAGGCAAGCAACUGGUGUUAAGAAAGACUUAGAAGGAAUUGUAAAUGAAUUACAGUCCGAAGAAGAUUUGCCACCUAUAAGUGUUGAACUGAUAGAUCCUUGUAUCCCACGUCUGUUUGAAUCUUCUAAACGCGCUAAGAACGAAUUCCCGGAGUAUCCUCCAUUACUCUGUCACGCUAUUUCUUUAGCUCGUUAUAUGCAAGAACCUCUUUUGGAGUUAUCUCAAUUGCUAACAUCAGAUGAUGAAGAAAUAUUAUGCCUUAGGCUCCACAUAUUACAGGCUGAAAUUCCUAAACCUGAUCUUAUGGAAGCGUUAUACAUCGAAUUUAUCAAUUGCAUUAAUGAUAUUGGAAUUGAUCUGAACUUAUGCUUAACAAAUGAACGCUACUCGUCAUUACUUUCAUUCGUAUGUGGUCUUGGUCCUCGUAAAGCAACGGCAUUGCUGAAGUUAUUAAAGAAAGGAAAUCUCCGUCUGAGAAAUCGAAAGUCUUUGGUAACAGAAUGCGGUAUGGGUCCGAACUUAUUUGUAAAUUGUGCUGGUUUUAUCAAGAUUCCUACAAAUAAAGUAGAUGACAGCGAUUAUGCUGAAAUAUUAGAUACCACUCGUAUCCAUCCUGAGGCUUAUGACUGGGCGCGUAAAAUGGCAAUUGAUGCCUUAGAUUACGAUGAAUCUGCAGAAGAAAUAAAUCAAGCUACAGUCGUACAUGACAUAAUCGAUCAACCUGAUAAACUUAAGGAUCUUGAUUUAGAUGCAUUUGCCGAAGAGUUAAAGCGCCAGGGAUUUGGAAAUAAAUCUGUAACUUUAUACGAUAUCCGUGAAGAAUUAACACACAGGUAUAAAGAGUGUCGUCAGCCUUUUGAUAGCUUGAGUCCGGGAGAAGUAUUCUACUUAUUGGUAGAUGAAACGCCAGAAUCGUUAUGCUAUGGCCAAUUAAUAACUUGUCGUGUUAUUGGUAUUGUUCAUCGACGACCAACGAAAGAUCAAAUCGAUCGAGUUAAUCCUGAACGAGAUCCAAUUUCUAACACUUGGACUUGUCCGUUAUGUUUAUUUGACUCCUUUAAAGAACUUAGCGAGGUAUGGAGACACAUUGACAACAACGAGUGUAAAGGUAUCGCUAUCGGCGUAAAAGUUAUAUUAGAUAGUGGAAUUACUGGUUUUAUUAGUACGAAAAAUAUCAGUGAUAAGCAAAUACGAACGCCAGAAGAACGUGUUAAGAUUGGAAUGGUGAUUCAUUGUAGAAUAAUUAAGUUAAAUAUUGAUAAACUUUCGGUGGACCUGUCCUGCAAAUCGUCUGAUUUAGCAGACCAUGAUAAUCAAUUCAGUAAACCAAAAGAUAAUUAUUACGAUACUGAGAUCGAGAAAGCAGAUAUGGAAGAAGACGUGAAGAAAACGAAGAAACAACAAAUUCCUUAUAUCAAGCGCAUUAUUGUCCAUCCUUCAUUUCACAACAUAUCAUAUAAAGAUGCAGUUGAAAAAUUAUCCCAUCUAGAUAAUGGAGAUGCAGUAUUUAGGCCUAGUAGAAAGGGAUCUGAUCACUUGACUUUAACUUGGAAAGUCCUCGAUGAUAUUUAUCAGCACGUUGAUAUAAGGGAGGAAGGUAAAGUUAAUUCAUUUAGCCUUGGUCAUUCUUUACGGAUUGGUAAUGAGGAGUAUGAAGAUCUUGAUGAAAUCUUAGCGAGAUAUGUACAACCCAUGGCUGCAUUAACCAGAGACAUAAUUAAUCACCGUUAUUAUUACGUAGCUGGUGAUACAGAGAAAAAGGAGCUUGAAAAGUUACUGUUAUCGGAGAAAAAGAAGCAACCUUCCCGGAUUCCGUAUCAUUUUAGUGCUUCCAGUAAAUAUCCGGGAAAAUUUAUGCUAAGCUAUUUGCCUCGUAAUCAUCCCUGCUAUGAAUAUGUAACUGUAACUCCCGAAGGAUUUCGAUUUCGCGGGCGUUUACAUGCUAAAUUGGAUGCGCUACUACAUUGGUUUAAAAGGCACUUUAGAGAUCCUAUGCCGGGAACAUCUCGUGGUACAAGUGUUAGCCAAGAUACUCCUAUGAAUGCUGUUCCUCCGAAUGUAAUGCAAGCCGUAAAUAAUCUUACUAAUAUAUCCCAGUCUCAACUAAUGUCCACACUGCAAAGUAUUCAACAAAAGGAUGACUGGCUAUCUAAUAACAACGUUCCGACCUAUGCUAAUUACGGUUAUCAACAACUUUCUACCGGAAAUUCCGAGCCACAAAAGAUUAAUCAGUGGGAAAAUAACUGGUCAUCUACUUGGUCUGCACCAAAGCCUGCUGAGAAUUUAAACAAAGAUUAUAACGACAAUCACGAUAGGCGCUGGGAAACACCACAGAGUCAGCAAAGUGAUCAAAAAAGAGAUAGCCAACGUCAAUAUGAUAGAAGGAAUAGAGGUCAUAGAGAUGAUAGAUACCGAUCAUAUCAUUCAAGACGUAAUUAG